AGGAUGGGGCGGGAAGGGAAGCGGCGACAGGCAGGCGGGGCAUGGCUCACAUGAGCGGCCGGGCCGGGUCGGGUCAGGGACAAUGAGCGGAGCGGCUGCACGGCCGCCGGGUUCCCGUGGGCACCGUUCCCCGGCCAUGCAGCGGGGAGCAGCGGCGGCGGCUCUGGCUCUGCUCGCUGUGCUGACUUGUUGCAGAGCGCACCCGGAACCCCAGCCGCACGGAGCCCGGGACCAAGGGCACAUGAACGUACUCUUCAUUAUUGCCGAUGAUCUGCGGACCAGCCUGGGUUGCUAUGGAGAUCCAUUAGUCAAAUCACCAAACAUUGACCAACUUGCUUCCAAGAGCAUUGUUUUUAAAAAUGCAUUUGCCCAACAAGCUCUAUGCGGACCCAGUCGAACGUCCUUCCUGACCAGUCGACGUCCCGACACCACCCGGCUGUUCGACCACAACUCCUACUGGAGGACACACGCAGGCAACUACACCACGCUGCCUCAGUACCUGAAGAUGAACAGCUUCCUAACCCUGUCGGUGGGAAAAGUCUUUCACCCAGGGAUAGUGUCCAAUCAUACGGAUGAUUAUCCGUACAGCUGGUCCAUUCCUCCAUUUCAUCCUUCAACACAAAAAUAUAAAAAUGCCAAGGUGUGCAAGGGACCGGAUGGUAAAAGAUACGCAAACUUAGUGUGCCCAGUGGAUGUGAAGGAAAUGCCAGAACAAACACUGCCUGAUAUACAGAGCACUGAUGAGGCAAUUCGUUUACUGAAAAAAGUAAAAAGCACGGGAAACCCUUUCUUUUUAGCUGUUGGUUAUCACAAACCACACAUUCCACUCAAAUAUCCCGAGGAAUUUUUGAAGCUGUAUCCACUUGAGGAGAUCCACCUUGCACCUGACCCUAAAGUGCCAUCGAAAUUACCUCCAGUGGCAUAUAAUCCAUGGACUGACGUGAGAUCGAGAGAUGAUGUCCGGGCUCUUAACAUAAGUUUUCCAUAUGGACCCAUUCCUGAUGACUUUCAGGUACUGAUUCGCCAGAGUUAUUUUGCUGCCGUCUCAUACAUGGACACUCAAGUGGGCCGUCUCUUGAAUGCGCUGGAAGAACAAGGACUGGCCAAUAACACAAUUGUUGUGUUCACGUCUGACCACGGUUGGUCGCUAGGCGAGCACGGAGAAUGGGCCAAGUACAGUAACUUUGAUGUAGCAACCCGUGUUCCUUUGAUGUUUUAUGUGCCUGGACUGACUGCGGCUUUACCUCUUCCAAAGCAAAGAGCGUUUCCUUUCAUUAAUCCUUUCACUGAUAAAGUGGGGAAUCGGCCGAGAGGUUUGAUGGUGGAAUAUAACGUGGAAUUGGUCGACCUGUUCCCGAUGGUCUGUCAGCUGCUCGGGCUACCCGUACCCCCACCGUGUCCAAAGCCUUCCUUUCACGUGGAGCUCUGCACCGAGGGAGAACGUUGGAACCACGGGGCCACCAGCGAUGCCAAGGAUGAAUCGUUUGUCUUCACCCAGUACCCCCGCCCAGCGGACAUCCCUCAGCCCAACUCUGACCUCCCUUUGCUGGACGACAUCCGCAUCAUGGGAUACUCCAUCCGCUCCAACGAUUACAGGUUCACAGAGUGGGUGAGCUACAACCCAUCCACAUUCACCGCCAAUCUCACCGACAUCCAUGCAGGAGAACUCUACCUCCACAUGUCCGAUCCCGGGCAAGACAACAACCUGUAUAACAACCUUGAAUUUGCUGCGCUGGUCCACAAGUUAUCAGCCUUAAUUAAAGUCUGAGGAUCAUGUAGAUUUGAAUGCAAUUGUUAUGUGGAGCAGAUUUUGUUACGCUGAGUUGAGAUACAGUGCCCUCCAUAAUGUUUUGGACAAAGACCCAUAAUUUAUUUAUUUGCCUCUGUACUCCACAAUUUGAGAUUUGUAACAUAAAUAAAUCACAUGUGGUUAAAGUGCACAUUGUCAGAUUUUAUUAAAGGCCAUUCUUAUA